AGAAGAACCUUUUCAUCUGUUCUCGCAUCGACCCGGACUUUUUUCGAGGUGUACUUGACUUGUGCGCUGUGUCUUCAUGCCGAUAAGAAACAAGCCAAGAGAAGGCAAACGCAAACCUCACUAGUUGAAUCGCAUUAGUAAAUCUAUGCUACUGCUACUCAAAGGUUACAUUCAUAUCUCUUGUCAAAAUUCUAAAAAGGGACCUGAUCGGCCCCGUCAAUGGCGCUGCGAGCCUGUGGCUUCAUUGUGUUUCGACGUCUUGCAAGUUGUGCUCCUCCACAAGACCCCAUCGAGUACCUCCUCUUGCAGACCUCAUAUGGAGAGCACCACUGGACCCCACCCAAGGGCCACGUGGACCCAGGUGAGGAUGACCUUACCACAGCCCAUAGAGAGACCAAGGAAGAGGCAGGGCUUGGCGCAGAGGAUCUUCAGAUAAUUGAGGGCUUCCUGAAGGAGCUUCGCUACGAGGUCAGAGGCCGACCCAAGGAGGUGCUGUACUGGCUGGCCGAGCUCCGAGACCCGGGGGCGAAGGUCACUUUGUCCAGUGAGCACCAGAACUACCGUUGGGCCCGGUUGGAGGACGCCUGCAGUCUGGCCCAGCACAAAGACAUGCAGGACACUCUGAGAGCAGCACACAGAUACUUGGAGGCUCAGCAGGACAAGCAGUGACACAGGGAGUCAUCAUUGAGGAGAGGCUUCAAGCGGAGUUUUGCCAUACUCGAAAGACAAAA